CAUGGAGAAGCUGCUCCUCUCCGUCCCGUCUUGCACGAUGAGAGGCAUCCCUCCGGAGGCGAUGUCGGCCAUGAUGUCUGGCAUGAGCGCGAUGUCCAGCCGCCCCAAGCCCCGCCCCAAGCCCAUCGUGGUACAGCCCGUGAAGACACCCCCACCACCACCACCCACGACGGCCCAACCACCGCCACCCCCACCACCGACUUCAUCAGCUCCUGAGACGCGACCACCGCCACCCCCUCCACAACCGAAGACGCCCGCUGCGACAACACAACCCCCUACAACAACAACGACAACUACAACUACAACAACGACGACAACCACCACCACUGAGGCACCAUUUGAAGGGGAACCCAUACAGAUGCCCAACUUCACGAAGCUUGUGACCCACCCCAAGUACCCUGAGAUGGUUCAGAUGGCUUCCAUGUUUGAGAUAGACAUCCCCAGCGUAGCGGCACUCAGCUUAAAGAUCUCCAAAGAUAUGAUGUACUCUGGCAAGAUUGCCAAAAUGAUGGCCCGUUUCCUGCCUUUACCCCAAAACAUGGUCGACGCGAUGUACACCAAGUUAUGUCCCUUCAACACGGGCCCUUUCCACGAGGACACCACGGCCACGGAAAUUGUUAUAGCUCUCGUCGCUAUAGGAAUGGUUAUACAGGAAUCAUCUACGGACUUAGCACGUUUGGUCUGGCAAUCGCCGGUGGUACCGGAGCUUUUGCUGCCACGAGUUACUUCACAGUGGAAGGCUUUAUGACAGGUUUGUUCCGCCUCCUAAAGAAUCCUCUCUUCCUAUUGGUUGUCCUGGGGAACGCAGCCACGGUAUUGGCUGCCAGCGGAUUUGCUUUCCAUUUACCAAAAUAUAUCGAGACCCAGUUCUCCUUGCCUCCGUUUGAAGAAAGUGCAAUUGUGGCUAUGUGCUACAUCGUGUUCGCUGCCAUCGGGACCGUGAUUGGAGGAGUCCUCACCACCAAGCUCCGCCUCACCGCCACGGGCUGCCUCAAGGUCACAGUGGCCGUCGCAGUUCUCCUGGUGGCGGUUCAGGCCACGGGGAUUGGGCUCGGCUGCGACCAGCCGGAGGUGGACAAGGGAGACAAGUUCAUGACAAACUCGUCGACAACGUUAUGUAACAACACGUGUCUCUGCGUGGACCACAUGUACUCUCCUAUGUGCGGCUCCGACGGAAAGUCCUACUUCUCUCCUUGCCACGCGGGCUGUGGCCUGGCUUAUGACGGGAAAUAUCACGACUGCAAAUGUGUGGAAGGCAAGAUGAAGACUGCGACGCCCAUGUUGUGCGAGCAGCCGUGUAACCUGUUCUACGCGUUCAGCAUCUUCGCCGUGUUUGGAGGCUUCUUGUUCCAGUCCAUGUUUAUACCCUCGUUCAUCGCCACGUUCAGGAGCGGUGCCCAGCCCCUAUCUGUUUGGAACCAUUGUGGAUGAUUCGUGUGCCAUGAGUCGCCCCCCUUGCGGCCCCGCAGGAACCUGCUCCUUCUACGACAUCGUGCAGAUGCGUCUCCACUACCACGGCCUGUCGACGGCAAUUAGGGGGGUGGCCGCGCUCCUGUAUGUGGUAGCGCUGGUCUUAGCCUGCCGCGAGUCGAGCGUCUAUAAGGUCAAAGAUGAGGAAAAAUCCAGGGGGAUAUAGACGGCGACGGGAACUAGCGGCAUCUUUUUUGGUUUAAAAAUAUUUUUUAAGCAUUUUUUAUUUUGAAUAAAAUUCCGAGGUUUUUUUUUUGUAUCUGUAAAGGUGAAGUUCAACAUUCUACUGCCGUAAGUUGACAAAAUGCUUUUCUAAAAAUAUUUUGGCGCCAACAUUUUUUAUUUGCUAAAUAUGGAAAGCCUGAUCAGUUACCCUAAUUGUGUGAAAACAUUAAAGUGAAUCUGUUACUAGUUUUUGAAUAAAUAAGAAUUCAAAUUUCGGAAAAAAGCUAUUUUUAAAUGGUUACUCUUUAAAAAAAAACACUCUUUUUCUCGAAACUGCUGUGAAUUUUAAAAAGGCGUUGUGUCAGCUUACAGCAGUAUACCCCUGCCCCCACCGCCAAAACUAUACGACAAACACCCCCUCCACAGCCCCCCCGCCCUCUCCCCAAGGUAAACAAUACCUCUUUAUAAUCCCAACCCCCCUCCCCGAACACACUAGGAGAACUCCAUUAGGCUUCGCUCAGUUAGUAUCAUGCUGAACCGCUGAGCAGAUAGCCAGGGUUCAAAAUCCAAUCCCAGACUGGGCGUUCUUGAACUCUUUUUUUUUUGGGGGGGGGGGGGGGGUUGGCGGAGUUUUCAAAUCUUUCGACCCCCCAUUCAGCUCAGUCAGUCCUCCAAUCAGAGACGGAGAUUUUAAAUGCGGAGGUCAGGCCUCGAAUAUAGCCUAAUAGUGUUGAUAGGGGCGUUAAACCCGUACACUUACUUACAUAUAUAUAUACUAAAGCCACAGGAUAUAACAAAUUGUGGGAUGGGGAAUCGGGUAAAAGUAAAUUACAACCUCUCCCCCCCCCGCCCACCUCCUCCCACCUCAACAUCUUUUUCACAUUAUGACGAUCACAGCCUAUUGUUUAUAAGAACAUGUUUAUUUUGGCUAAAGUAAAGUGUAAACCAUUU